UCCUUUGCAAUUGCUUCACAGAAGCGCUUCUUCUUGGAAUAGAUCCCUUCCUUUCUCCAAUGGUCCAAAGUGACCUAUCCAAAUCGCCUCCUGUCACAGAAGUAGCGGCGGCGGCGCAAGAGAUGCAGAUGGACUUCCUGGAGAAUCCCCCGGCGCUCGUUACGGCACUGCAGGCUUAUGGCAAAGGCGCAAGAAGGAAAAACAGAUUUAAAGGCUCAGAUGGCAGUACAUCUUCUGACACUACCUCAAACAGUUUUGUUCGACAGGGUUCAGCGGACUCCUAUACCAGCCGUCCGUCUGAUUCAGAUGUAUCUCUUGAGGAGGACAGAGAAGCGGUGCGGAGAGAGGCUGAACGACAGGCCCAGACACAGCUGGAAAAAGCAAAAGCAAAACCUGUUGCAUUUGCAGUACGAACAAAUGUCAGCUAUAGUGCAGCCCAUGAUGAUGAUGUCCCUGUUCCAGGCAUGGCGAUCUCAUUUGAAGCUAAAGAUUUCCUACAUGUUAAAGAAAAAUUUAACAAUGACUGGUGGAUAGGACGAUUGGUAAAAGAAGGCUGUGAAAUAGGAUUUAUACCAAGUCCGGUGAAAUUAGAAAACAUGAGAAUGCAGCAUGAACAAAAAGCUAAGCAAGGAAAAUUUUACUCUAGUAAAUCAGGAGGAAAUUCAUCAUCUAGUUUGGGUGAUGUAGUACCCAGUUCCAGAAAGUCUACACCUCCAUCAUCUGCUAUAGAUAUAGAUGCCACUGGUUUAGAGGCAGAAGAAAUUGAUAUUCCAGCAAACCAUCGCUCCCCCAAACCCAGUGCAAACACUGUCACAUCACCCCAUUCCAAAGAGAAAAGAAUGCCCUUCUUUAAGAAGACAGAGCACAUCCCUCCAUAUGAUGUAGUGCCUUCUAUGCGACCCGUCGUUUUAGUGGGGCCUUCUUUAAAGGGAUAUGAGGUGACGGAUAUGAUGCAAAAAGCAUUAUUUGAUUUUUUAAAACAUAGAUUUGAAGGGCGUAUUUCAAUCACACGGGUCACAGCAGACAUCUCGCUUGCCAAGCGUUCAGUAUUAAACAAUCCCAGCAAGCAUGCGAUAAUAGAGCGAUCGAAUACAAGGUCAAGCUUAGCUGAAGUUCAGAGUGAAAUUGAACGAAUAUUUGAAUUAGCAAGAACAUUACAGUUGGUAGUACUUGAUGCUGAUACUAUUAAUCAUCCUGCUCAACUUAGCAAAACUUCCCUGGCACCCAUUAUAGUAUAUGUAAAGAUUACUUCUCCAAAGGUUUUACAAAGACUGAUAAAAUCCCGAGGCAAAUCUCAGGCUAAGCACCUUAACGUUCAAAUGGUAGCAGCUGAUAAACUGGCUCAGUGCCCUCCAGAAAUGUUUGAUGUGAUUUUGGAUGAGAACCAGCUUGAAGAUGCUUGUGAACACCUGGCUGACUAUUUGGAAGCAUACUGGAAGGCCACACAUCCUACUAUCAGCCACCCUUCCAAUCAGCUUCUCACUCGCACAUUGGCAUCUGCCACUCUUCCUAUCAAUCCAGGCCCAAAUGUUAAUUUGCAGGGAUCUCAGGUUGAUCAGAGGAAUGAGCAAUCAACCACUGAAAGAACUGGUUCACAGGGAGAAGAAGAAACAAAAGUUGAAACUACCAGAAAAUCUCAGCAUCGCUCUUCCUCUUCAGGACAUCAUCAUAACCAUCGUAGUGGAACUAGCCGUGGUUUAUCUCGACAAGAAACUAUUGACUCAGAAACACAAGACAACAAAGAUUCAGCAUGUGUAGAACCAAAAGAGGACCAAUCACAUGAACCCUAUGAUUCUCAAAGAGAUCAUAAUCACAAGGAUGAAACCCAUGGGGUCAGUGAUCACAGACAUCGAGAAUCAAGGCAUCGAUCAAAGGAAUGGGACAGAGAGCAGGAUCACAAUGAAGGCAACAAACAACGUAGCCGCCAUAAAUCAAGGGACCAGUAUUGUGACAGGGAUGGAGAAGUGGUACCUAAGAAACGUAGUGACACUGUGGAAUGGAAGAGAGAUGUGUAUAUCCAUCAGUAACACCUGCCUCUGACAGUUUUGUGUUUCUUUUGAAAUUGGGUAUGAGAAAGGUCCUUAAAAUAAUCUUGAUUUUUUUUUCCACUGCAGAAUGUAGUACACCUUGUAUGCUGAUUUUAAAGUGCUGGUGCUUUCAAAUUGAGGAUAUAUAAUAGGAUAUUCAUUUUGAUUAAGGUUGUAACUCAUUGGCAUAGUGCAACUACAGAAUUUCUGAAGUUAUGCUAUGCUUUUUUUCCCCCAAACUGAUUCUUGUAGCUGCCAUUUGAACAGAUAUCUGUUGCCAUCAAGGUUGUGUUACUGUUUUUAGACAAAAUACAGUUGAUGUUUAAUACUUUUCCCCAUUUUUCAGCUAGCCAAAAUCAGCAUAUUCAAAUUGAAGCUCUCAAUAGCUCUUUUUUAAAAACAAAUCUAUAGGCUCUUGACAUAUUGAUUUCUGUUGCUUGUUCCUCUGGUGGACUACAUUUUGAAACAGAAUUCAGUCUUGCCUUAUACACAGGGGAUCAUAAAGUCAAAAUAUCUUUUCUAUAUACUGGUACUGUGUACUGUAUAGACAGUUUAUAAAUGUUAUUUCUGCAGGCACCUCCUUACAUAAGAUUGAUCACACUAUUUUAGAAUCCUAAUGCCAAAUCAGCAGAUUUGCUUUUGAAUUAUGGGCAACUGAAAAAUGGGUAGCACUGUUUACUCUAGACACACAUUCUUAUACUUAGUGUAAAUAGGACUGACCACUUUAGAUAACAUGCUGGAUUUUUCUUGCAAACGUAUCAUCUUUGCAUUUAGAAUCUAUGGCAAAAAUAACGUGACACUAUAAAUGGUCCUGCUGUGCACACUACUUAAACAAUUGCUCUGACAGCACAGUUUUUUUAAUCAACUUGACGGGCAACGGUUGACAUGUAUAAGCAUGUGUGUGCCUGAAUGAGAGUGUGUGUGUUUGUAUUGUGUAUGAGAAAGGGAGAGAGGGACGGGGAGAGAUUAUUAAAAUUACCUGAGGAUCAUCCCAUAUCUUAUGAAUCUGCCAUAAUUAUCAUAUGUUUAAGUUUAGGUAUAAUAUCUUGUCAAGGAGGAGAUAUGGAUGGUUAUUCUUUUUAUAGAAGCAUAUCAUCUGCUUCAAGCUUGAUCACAGCACCUGAAUGUGGAAACUAGGGUUAAAUCAUAAUGCAUCAAUCAGCUCCAAGUAUAGAUUAUUCUAAAAUCUGUGUGGUUUUAUUUUUUCAUUGCUGUUUUUUAACUCAGAAGCUCAAGAUUGCAGGCAAGUGACAUGGGAAAGUUUACAACUAACAGGUAAUUGGGAAAACAUCAAUCUGCUGGCUUUUUAUUUUAUUUUAUGAGGAUCCAGGAAAGUUAAAAACAUAAGCAAAUGUGACUGAGUGUUUCACUGGAAAUGUAAACUUUUUGUGUUCUAGGGUGUUUGUUUAGUAAGACAAGUUUACACAACUUGUGGGGAGUUAUUUUGUUGGAAAAUAAAUUUUGUAGCUUCUCUGCUUUUUUCUAUAUUUGACCAUCUUUCUAUUCUAAUCAAUUUGUUUAUUUAACUUUUACUUAUGGGCUUUACUGCUACACGGUUGCUGAACCAUUAUAAUUUCUACAUUUUUGUCAGAAACAAAUAAUACUACAAUAAUACUGUCAUUGCAUUUUUCAAGUGAUACUGUAAAUAAUUGUAGUAUUUACAAUAUAUAUUUACAAUAAAGAUCCUGGAUAGAACUAAAUCUAGCCAAUCCAUGCAUGAGGAAUGUGUGUGUGUGUGAGUGUGUGUGUGUGAGUGUGUGUGUGUGUGUGUGUAUUUACAUUCAUCACACAUAGACAGGCUAUAUUUAGUUCUGCCCAGCAUCUUUAUUAAAUAAGUAUUAUAGAAAAGAAUAAGAAUAAAGGAAUAAUAUUAAGCAAAUUGACUUAACAUACAUAGCAUAAAAGAUAUUUAUUUAUAUUGGGAGGGGAAGAUCAUUGUAGCUAAAAACAUGUAUUCAACUCUCCUGAAAAUUCUCCUUAACAUGUAUAAAAGUUGAAAGUCUUUCAUAAAUAUGCAACAUAUUGAAAUAUUUGGGGUAAAUUCUCCAAAUGUAGGCAUAGUUACAAAAUGUACUGCAGGUAGUAUUUCAGUGUUGUAUUCGUAAAUUAACUGUGUACAUAGUGUCUUAAAAUGUAAAAAUCUCUGUUGCAGAAGAAAUUAGUAUUUGACUUCAUACUUUUCAUUCUAAUAUCCAAGCUACAAGACCAAAUUUUGUAUUAGAAUCUUGUGGCUACAAAGAAAUACAUAUACAUGAAAAAGAAGAUAACUAAAGUAUGAAAAGAGAAACAAGUGCAAACUGGUAAUUCCAAAGAGUAAUUAUCAGGAAAUAUAUAGUUACAGAAUUAAAAGAACAUGAAAAGUAAUGCCUCUUUUCAGUUGAAGUCAGCUCCUUGGGACAUAAUGGAUAUACCCAUGUAGUUUUAUUGGCAAAAAUAUAAAAAAGGUUUACCAUUGCUACCCUAUGCAUGUUUUUUCUAGAAUCAUAGAAACACUGGAAUAUUUUUAAUGGAUGAUUAUCCAGGUUGUUUGAAAAGUCCAGUGAAGGGGUAGAAAGCACUUCAUGCAAUAACCUAAUUCACUGGUACCUAUUUUCAAGAAGCUUUUCCUAAUACCUAAUCUAUAUAUUUGAAAUUUCAUUCCAUCAGUUUUAAUUUUACUUUCUGGUGCAAGUCAGAAUAAGUUUUAACUCUUUACAAUGUAAUAGCGUUUAGAAUUUUUGAAGACCACUAUCAUGUACCUUGUAAAUUUUCUCUUUUUCAAAUUAAACUUACUUAGAUCUUUUAAUUGUUCCUCAUAGAACUUAGUUUUCAUUGUCUUGGUGGUCCUUCUCUGGACUUGCUUCAGUUUAUUUAAAAUUUAUAUAGCCACCCAUCUCACCAACAAGUGACUCCGGGGGAUGAACAACAGAAAAUAAUUAAUCUGUAUGUUUUUUAAGUUGGCAGGUACAGAACUGAAUGCAAUAUCCCGAGUGAGACUUAACCAAGGCAGAGUAGAGCAAAAUAAUUAUUUACCAUAGUCUGGAUUGCCAGUAUUUGUAUGAUCUAGACUUCUACUGCUAGUUCAGUUUGUUUGUGGGGGCGGGGGAGAAUCAUUUCCCAAUUAAGUUUCCAAAGCCCCCAAAUAUCCAGGUUCUUAUUUUUCAACAUAGAAAUGUGUAUUGAUAUUAAAACUAAAAUGUAGAUCUUCCCUUAUGCAUACUCUGGGAUGUUUCAGAAUGAAUAAAAGCAAGAGUUUUACAAGCUUAGGAAUAAUUUCCCCUUCAGCUCUAUAGAUAUGAGAGAUCAUACUGAUACCAAUUUGUUUUCCUCAGCAAGUUAAAAUAUAAAAGAUACAUAAAAUCUUAGGUUAAAAUAAAUUAUGAUAGAAGAAAAACAUUUAAAAUAAACAAUUGUGCUUUGUAGGACAGUAGACAGAGGUACUGUAUGUUUGUAAGAUCAUGUGGGUGGGAGCCCAUCAAUUGCACUGAGAAAUGACUUCCACAAAGAUGGAGCAAAAAUGAAUAAAAAAAUUCAUUCCAAGCCAGACACUACUGGAGGUGGAUCUCUGAAGAUUGAGUGGGAUGAAUCUUGCAUUCCUCAAAUAUAAGAGUGAGGACUUUCAAAAUAAGCAGCAUAAUGUACACAGAAACAAACUGACAGCCAGUGUAAAGAUUUCAAAAUGGGUGUUAUGAGAACUCUAGAGAUUAACCUAGCUGUAGCAUUUUAUAUUUGUUCAGGUUUCUCAGAGUUAACUACAAUUAAUGACCAUAUUUUUGCCAAUUACAUUUAAAAAUGUGGAAGAAAGUAAUUUUUUGAAUGAAGUGCUUCAGAUCUCCUUUCAAUGCAGCUUCUUUCUGUUAUCAAAGUAGUAGCUGACCUUUUUUUUAAAGAUUUCUGCCUAUGACUGAAAAAAGAGUAUUAUAGAUUAAUGGAACUCUAAAAGAACAUUUGAGUUGUACAACACUUUAUCUCCAAAUAUUCCUGGAUGUAAUACUUAUUGUUGUAAUACCCAUUUUUGCAAAUCAUAAAUAUAGUUCCAAAGACAACAAAAAUACUUUAUAUAACACAUAUAAAGUAUUAAUUUGUAUAACAUAACCACAUACCUCUUGUCAAUAGAUUCUCGAGUUGAGCUUUGCUAGAUGCUCACUUUCUAACUUGAGCUUUAGAUGCUUAAAUGCUACAACUCCUAGUUCAUUUUUCUUCAGCAGCUUAAAAGAUGUUUUGUGUCUUCAGCAAGCAUG